AUGGAUGAUGCCUCUUAUUUCCCAAAGUUGAAUGACGAAGAUAUGACAUUCGAACCAAGCCGCAGCGGCAUUGGGGUGGAAGUAUCUUCCUAUCAACAUCACCGCAAGCGCCAGAAAGUGAAAAUCGCCUGUGAGAAUUGUCGAAGCAGAAAGAAGAAAUGUGAUGGUUUAAAGCCUGUGUGUAGUCAUUGCAAAACGAUUUAUGAAAAGAAAUUGAUGGCGAAAAUGAAAUUGAAUAAGUCGUUAAAGAAUAAUAAUAAUGAUCAUCAUGCGGCAUCGAUGAAAAUGAUUGAAGAGGCAGUUAAAGUGGAUUGUCGCUACAGAGACGAUGGAGCACUGACCUUGGAAGAUCAACAACCUACUUUAUUAAUAUCGUCAUCUCGCGCACACCAACCCUCAGGAGGCUUUUCUUCAAUCACCAUGGAGUUUUCAAGAACAUCAUCAUUCGCCAAUGCAAUUGAGUAUCAAGGAGAUAUCAUUCCAAAAAACACGAACAACACCAUGAUGAAUUGUGAUACUGAAACAACACAGAAAGCAGAUUCAAUGCAUGAAUUAUUGAAGGAAGUGACUGGGAAGUUCAACAUUAUUUACAAGUUAAUUAAGGCUAAGGCAACUGCAGAUGAUGGAAAGAUAUCGACCAAAACCAAGAGUGAUGGCAAUAUCAUUCAAACAACUUUGAAAGAAAUUUAUAACACUUUGAAGACCUUAGAACAUAAUACUCAUCCGUCCAGUAUCACUGUCUUCAAUGGCAAUGAUGAUUUUUCUACAAGCUCCGGAUGUCCAAUAACAAGAAAAAAAAGGAUGAUGCUGGUGAUGGCGGCUGCAAGGAAUGUCGAUGAUAAUUUGAUUGAUCCAGCGCAGUCGAAGUGUGCGUUUCCUGGAUAUUGGGAUCGAUCAGUGGAGCGGGUUUUAAAAUGGCCGAUAUUUGAUGGGAAGUACGAUAAACUUGCAGAGGAGGUGCAUAAAGUGAUGAAGAUUAAUGAUAAACAUCUCUUACACGCUGAAUGGCCAGAAAUCAAAAGGUCCAAUGGUCAUCAUGAACCGGAGAGGCGUCAUAAUAUCUGCAACUCAAAUAUGGAUAAUCUAAAUAACAACGGUAAUAUUAAGGAUACUAGGGCAGAUGAGAUCUCGGGAUUAAUGAAAAUUGGAAAUAUCAUUGAUGGAACAAUAAGCAAGAGUACUGACCCAGUUGUGAAAAACAAAAUUUUUUUUGAAGAUGGGAAGUCCCUGAAAAGAAAACGGUGCUUCAGAUUUCGAUUUUUAGAGACUUUAAGGAGUUUGGAGCCAAAAAUCAUGAAGAAUUUGUCCAAAUGGACUGAAGACUAUAUUUUGAACGUUCAUACUUCUGGGAAUUUGUUCAUUGAUAUUUUAUCAUUACGGAAAACCACUACGGAACUCUUGGAUGAUUAUUCGAGAUUUUUAGUACUGGAAGGAACAUCUAACAAGGAUGAUAAUGAAAAAUUGUUGAAUUUUGAUGAAACCGAACACAAAAAUAGAAACUUUUUGUUGCAGUAUCAUUUUUCUGAGGCAGGGAAUAGAUACCUUGACGAAGAUCUCGGGGAUGGAGAACGAUAUAUUCCAAUAUAUUGUCUUUUGAUGAUUUGUUCAAUCGGUAUGUUAUCAUCUAAAUAUGAUUGUAAAAAUUCCAGAAUUUGCAAUUUUGCCUCGUCAUAUGACGAACGAAAUCAAUUUGGAAAAAGUGAGUUAGCGUAUCAAUUAUAUUUGCUAUCUAUGGAAUUCAAGAAAUUACAAAAUAACCCGUCAAUUCUCAUUGACGAGGCUAAUCGCCACGAAUUGUCUCACCAAACGUCGUUUUAUUCAUUAUGCGACAUUCAAUAUGAUUUGUUGCUAUCGAUGUAUAAAAAUUUCAUGUUGAAACCAUUUGAAGCAUGGUAUCACAUUUAUAAUGCAUCUUCGAUGAUGUUGGUAUAUUUGGAAUUGAAUCGUGAGAAAAUAAACUCUACUUUGAAAAGCUACCAAUUGAUUCAGCGGAUAUAUUGGCAAUGUCAUAAAAACGAGUGUGAAUUGAAAGUUUAUUUAUCGCCAGUGUAUUUGUCAUCAGGUAUUAUUAGUUAUAAGCCACCUUUCAAAAUCAGUGAUUUGAAGAUUCCAGGAUAUAUCAAUCAAGAAGAAAGCGUCAUUAAAGAUGGUUGGGCGUUUUAUUUGACAGAAGUUUUCGUUCGACCGAUCUUAAACAAGAUUUUGAACGCUUUUUAUUUAAAGUCCACUAAUGAACAUUCAAAAUCUUCGUAUGGCGACAGUAUGGAGAACAACUGGACACUUUUAGAUCAAGAAGACUAUGUACAGUUGAUUCAGUUUUUCUUGAAAGAAACCGGGGAUUUGUUGAUAAUCUUUGAGAAAUUCUUGAAUCAGCAAAACCUAUCCACUCCUUUGAGAUGUGCGGAUGAGCGAGUGAUACGUAUUAAAGAAUGCCUAUCUUUGCCAGUAUUAUACUAUAUAUUAACGGUUUUGGCAUUACCGAUGCCGAACUACACUAUCCAGCAUGUUGAGUCUCGAGGUGGACCAAUAAGCUAUGACCAGUAUUUGCAUCCAUAUUUGAUUGCGUUUUUGAAAGAUUUAUGUGAUCAGUAUCUUCGAUUUCCCGAUUUGAUGGAUUUUGCUAGUGAGAGAAGACACGGAAGUUGGUUUAGAUUAAGAGAUACUUAUCUGUCUUGUGUAAUAUUGAUGAUAAUUUAUAAAAAAUUUGGGAUUCAUUUUUUCACAAGGGAUAAAUUGCGGAUGUUUGUGGAUCAGACAAAUUGCAUUUUUAACUAUUGGAUAGUAGAGGCCCAAGAGUUCAAACUUUCGUUGCAAAUCAUUAAUGGGAUUUAUAAUGAUUUGCCGUAUAUUGAUAAUUAG